GCCCUUUUUCGGCCUUCCGCCCACAGGCAUGCUGGGAGCGCCAUAUGCAAAUCAGACUGCAACACAACGCCCCGCCCCUUCAACGUUGGGGCGGUUACCAGGUCGGCCCAGUGCGCAGGCGCGGGAAAGUUGAAUUUACGAAGAAAAGUUUGUAGAAAUUGAGUGAAAGCGUGGGCGCCGGCGUCGGCGCGACUAGAGCAGAAUCCCGAACCAGGUGCCUCCAUGGCCGGCUCUGAAGAGCUGGGGCUCCGAGAGGACACACUGAAGGUUCUGGCGGCUUUCCUUAGGCGCGGUGAAGCUGCUGGGUCCCCUGUCCCAACUCCACCCAGGAGCCCUGCCCAAGAGGAGCCAACAGAUUUCCUGAGCCGCCUCCGAAGAUGCCUCCCUUGUCCCCUGGGGAGAGGAGCCCCUGCCCCGGAAUCCUCUCGGCCCUGCUUCCUUCCCCUACGCCCCUGCUAUGGCUCUGAGCCUGGUCCAGCGACUUCAGACUUCUAUGCCCUGGUCGCCCAGCGUCUGGAACAGUUGGUCCAAGAGCAACUGAGAUCUCCGCCCAGCCCAGAAUUCCAGGGACCCCCACCCACAGAAAAGGAAGCCCUGCUAAGGAGGCUGGUAGCCUUGCUGGAGGAGGAAGCAGAAGUCAUCAACCAAAAGCUAGCUUCUGAUCCCGCUCUGCACCGCAAGCUGGCUCGCCUGUCAGCAGGCUCCUUCGCCCGCCUCGUGGAACUCUUCUCCAGCCGGGAAGUCAGCUCCUCCCCAAGCUGUGCGAGCCCCUCGCUGCCGUGCCCGGCACCCCCACCGCCAUCCCCGGAGCCACUGGCCCGCCUGGCUCUGGCCAUGGAGCUGAGCCGGCGCGUGGCUGGGCUGGGGGGUACCCUGGCCGGCCUCAGCGUGGAACAUGUACACAGCUUUGCGCCUUGGAUCCAGGCCCAUGGGGGCUGGGCGGGCAUCCUGGCCAUCUCACCUGUGGACCUGGAUUUACCCUUGGACUGAGUGCUUCCUCUGAGCUGCUGCAGGAAUGACCACAGCUGCUGGUGACACACAUAUUUCCUCUCAGGGCUGCGGGGUGGUGGCUUGCCAUGGCACUUUUUUUUUUU